GGGUGGUUCAGUUUCUCUAGUAAAUCAAGCCCAUUGAGUCUUUCCUCUUCCUUCUUUCUCCAUCAACUCAUCAGAAUCUCGCAAUCAUGGAGCAUGAAUGUGAGCAACAGCAUUUCACGCCCUUGGUCUUUACCUCUCACACGGGAAAGGUCUUCCAGAUGGAAAUUGAUGAUUUUGCACAAUUGUCGCCGAAGCACGGCAGAUCCAACAGUGUGGUAUCAAUCAUUGAGCUAAGAGCUUCAUCUCCAUCUCCAAAAAUAUCUGUCCUAGGAGGUUUUGAUGGUCAUGAUUCCGAGACUCCACAACCUCCAAAAACUCUGCCUUCACAUCAGCUGAAACGUUCUUCAUGCGGAGGCUCCCCUCUUAUUUCAUUCGCGACAUCUACACAGACGAGUGAGAAAAUGGAAAAUUCAAGCAUCAAAUCAUCGUCAUCUCUCAAAAAGCAACCGGAAAACUCAUUGUGUGAUGAUUUCCGGGAGGGUGAGGAAUUCGAUGUUUGCAAAGCUUAUAUGGUUUACAAUGAAUAUGGCGAACUGGUUGAUGCUCAUAGCCAUCUUCAAACCAAAAAUACCCAAGAUUUGUCAGUCACAGAAAUACUGAGAUUGAUCAAAAAAGCAUACCACCAUGAUUUUAGAGCAAGAAUGAACGAUAUCGAACAGAUCAAGGGCCAAAGCUCAUUGAGCUCAGAAAAGGGCAACUUAACAUCAGAGGAAAAAUUGUCAUACUGGGAAUACAACCCGAGCUCGUCGACGAAGACUACACCAAUCACUGGAGAGCUGCAGUCUCGAUCUGUUCCUGUUUACCAAGGACCACCUCGGGUUUUGGAGAUUGGGUGCAGCGAUGGGAGUUGGUGUUUCAAAGUUAAGGAAGACCAACCAGAUUGGACUGUGGAGGGAAUCGAUGAGACAGACCACUGGUCUUGUGUACAAAGAGACAUUCAACUUAAGGAUUUCAUUGUCCCGACUCCCGAGAUGGACACGUCCGAUUAUUUCAGUCGUGUCAAUUCUUCACAAACUCAAUCUGCCCCUGCCUUUAAUGUUCGAAACCUCAAUUGCCUACUAGCGCAUUCAGAUCAUAUUCCGCAUAACCUAUACUCCUUUAUCCGCGGAAGAGAUGUCUUCGACAGAGUUGAGAGUUACAAGACAUUUUUGGAUGAUGUUCGCUUAAUUCUCCAACCUGGUGGAGUUGUGGAAUUUUUGGAAGUUGACUCUAGACCAAGAUCAAAAUUGUCAGGUUAUACUACCGUGAAUCGUGAUGAAUAUCACCAGAGCAUACCCCAAACUGACUGGACUGAUAAUAUUGCUGAUCGCCUCAGGCGACCAUCUUACGAUAGCGAACUUGCAGAUACAGUACCCGGUUGGAUGGAAAGAGUCAUGGAACGCCAUAAGGCAAUAUUGCGCCCACGUGAUGGAAUUCCUGCAGUCAAUCUGAAGUCUUGGCUAGAAGGAGCGGGAUUCUGGGAUGUUAAAGAGAUUAUUCAUAGACUACCCGUAGGAGGAUCUACAACUACCGGUCAACGUCUAAAGGACUUCAUUCUAUACCAGGUUGGGCUCGAGAACGAUAUACCACAGCUUCGCGAGAGGUUAUUACCUGUCGAGGUCGAGGAGAUUGAGAGUGGUAAUUACUACCUCACCUUGCACAUCGUAACGGCACGUAAACCGCGCUGCCCCCGAGCUGGCGAUCUUCUCUUAAAUGGCACCAGAGAGGAAAUGACGGAUAUGAAAUAUGAUCAGAUGGCUAGAGUCAAUGAAUUGCCAGUGAAGAACCAAGCAGGGUGGAAAAGGUUAUUCCAAUUCGAUCUCGGUCGCAUUUCCGAAAUGAUGACAUCAUUCGAUGAACAUCACCCUGGAAAUAUCUCACUCUCACCACCACUCUCUCAAUUACGAGACGGGGCUUGAUUUAAGCCAGAGUGAAGGCGGUGCCUGGAUGAAGUCGGGAGAAAAGAUAGAGGUUGAAUGAUGGCAUGACAUGGUUAGAGUGAGAAAGCGAGCGUAUGGUUUGUCUCAAUGACUCCUCAAUGGCUAGAUUAUAUAAGCUAUGAGAAUUGUACUGCAGAGUGUUUGCUUCCAUUAUAUACAAUUGCAAUCAGACAUUUGCAUCUUCUAGCUCUUGACAUUUGGCCAUCCAAUGAUACAAUUACUGGUUUCAACUAGAGAUUAGUAACUGGCCA